UUUUGCUAUAUUUGAUAAAUUCUUUCGAGGCGGAAAGGAGCAGCAGGGAACAGAGAGGGAGAGAGAGAGGUGUCUGAUUGUCUCCGUCAACUUGCCACCGGCGUUGAAGAAUUCUCCACUUUCCGAUCGACGGCGGUGAUCGAUCUGUAAAUGCCAUGAAAGAAUUCGUAAAACCUUUCCAUGUAUUCCGUUUUCGGAUAAUUACAAUUCCUUGUAUUAUCUAUUUUGAUUAAAUUCUCUCUCUCUCUCUCGUCUCUGCUCCCCCCACUCUCCCAUUACCUGCAUUAUCUGCCAUAAUACGACGACGUCGCAGUUGCACCUUCUGGCUUCCCUCAGUCUCCGCCGCGACUUUGCCUUUACAGCCAAGAAAGAAAGAUUUCAGAGGCUAGACUCAAUAUAGUUUAGAUGGAGGACAAGGAAAAGUUGCACAAUGAAUCCAAUACCAAACAGCACGAGUCCAAGGAGGAUCAAACUGGGCAGCUACCUCAAUUGGAAACCAACGAUCAAGUUAUGAGACAUGUUACUGUGAUCAACCCGCCUACUCAUGAGGCAAAUGUUGCUGAUGUUAAAGUCAAUGAGGCUCUUCUUAGUGAUGUGCCCAUACAACACAAGGACAAUGCCAGCAAUGCCAGUGUUAGGAAUCAGCUCAAAACUGUAGAUAAACAAGUGGGAGUAGGGGAGUUGAAGAAUGGGUUGAACGAUACCGAGAUGGUUGAGGCUGAGGAAUCUGGGGAUGGGACACCAUCGCAGCAAGCAGCAUUUACGAAGGAGGUGGAAAGUUUCUAUAGGGAGAAUGCCUUAGAGUUUAAGGCCCCAAAGUUUUAUGGAGAGCCGCUGAAUUGCCUUAAGUUAUGGAGAGCUGUUACUAGAUUGGGUGGCUAUGACGUGGUGACUGCAUCAAAGUUGUGGCGGCAAGUAGGAGAGUCCUUCCAUCCCCCCAAGACGUGCACAACAGUAUCUUGGACAUUCCGCAUAUUUUAUGAGAAGGCACUUUUGGAAUAUGAGAAGCAUAAGAGGAAAUAUGGUGAGCUUCGACUUCCUGUGGGACCCAUCACUCAAUCUGCAAGUGUUGAGAAGGAGGCAAGUGCUCAUCAAGCUCUUGGAUCAGGCAGGGCACGAAGAAAUGCUGCAGCUCGUGCAAUGCAGGGUUGGCAUGCACAGCGUCUUGUUGGAUAUGGUGACGUUGCCGAGCCUAUUAUUAAGGACAAGCACUUGAGUUCUACCCCAAAGCGUGAAAAGAGUCUUAAAAGCAUUGGUUCGGUUAAACACAGGCCACCAACAAACAUGGAGCUUGCAACUACAAAUAUUGAGGCAGAUAAGCAGAUAGUCACGACUGUUGUUGAUCUUGGACCUCCAGCUGAUUGGGUGAAGGUCAAUGUACGAGAAACUAAAGAUUGCUUUGAGGUAUAUGCUUUGGUUCCUGGUCUUCUGCGUGAGGAGGUCCGAGUUCAAUCAGAUCCAGCUGGACGUCUUGUUAUAACAGGUCAACCAGAGCAGAUUAACAAUCCUUGGGGUAUUACACCAUUUAAGAAGGAGUCGGAUCCUUUCCCAAUCUUGCUCGAGUUACCAAAAGUGCAGGUUGGAUCUCAGGUUGGUUGGGUUUGUCCAAACCAAUGCCGACUCCAACGAUGGUUGUGAGCUUACCUGGCAAAAUUGAUCCGCUCCAAACAUCUGCUGUGGUUAGCCUGCAUGGGCGGUUAUUCGUGCGUGUUCCUUUUGAACAGUGAUCGCUUUGAAAUUUCAUCUCAUGGAUCAGCUGAAUAAUUUUUUAGGGUGUUUGCAAUAUUUUUCCUCUUUUUUUUCUUUUGGGGUUGUGAAAUAAUGUUGCAACUAGUUGGUGUUAAUUCAUGCUAGUUUAUCAACUUCAGUGCUAAUUUAUUAGCUAGUUAGAUUGAUUUACUGCUGCUCGUCGAUGUCGAGUUGCAAAUAACCCAUUUCAAUGUGUUAUAAAUUCCGACUCUCCUCUAGAUCUUGUUUUUUAUGUAUCCAACAAUAGACUAAACAAAUUAGAGAAUAACUACAAACGCACAAUUGAUUCGAUAA